CGUUCCCAAUGUGGCCCGUCUCAUUUUGAUCUUUUAGCAACCAAAAGUCGUGAAAAACAGAGAUAUUUUCAGUUACCAGGUCGAGGCCGUGCGUCACUGAUCUUCAACGUCUUACAACUGGACGGUUAUAUCUAAGAUGGCGGUCAAUCUAGGAGUGGGAUCACGAGUAUUGUGGCGAUUUUUGCAUAAUCCUGGUGUUUCAAGACGGUUUUUCACCGCUGUUGAAGUAGAAAUAAACCGCUGUGAGAAAUGUUGCCGAAGUUUUAGCACAUAUUCCAAGAGUUUUCAGCGUCGAAAACGAGUUGAAGAUCAGUCAAAUGCUGAAUUUAUGGCAGAAGAGAUCAAGAAAUAUGAAAUGGGCAAACGGUGGUUGGCAAAAAUGAUGGGAGCUGACAUUGAGACUUUCACUGACAGUGACGUUGAGGAUUCACUAAGGUAUCUUUUGCCUACAAAGCUGUUUGCCAAAGAUGCUAGACCAAUGAUGAAGCAUCCGUCAGAACUUUUCCCAGAAAGUAAAAGUACUUUGUCAUCAGAUGGCCGACCAAUUCAUCUUGCCUUCUACACAGGAGCAACUGCCUUUCAUGACUUGAUUUAUGAUAUAUUUAGAUACCAAAGAUUAUCUGCACAGAACCAGAAAUCCAUAGAAACUCAGUUCAUGGAAACUCAAACAGAUGAAAAAGAUGAGAACAUUGAAUUUGGAGAACAAGACAAAGCAAAGGUUGUAAAACAAGGAAAGAUGAGAUGGCUCAACGAAAAUGAAUUCCAGGCUGUUUUGAAAGAGGAAUUAAAACUAAAAGAUUACGAAGUUCUCAUUCAUCGUCUUAAGAAGCUGGCCAGCGAAGGUGACAGCUCGGAGGAAAUCAAAGCGUUUUUGCAAAGAUUUCAAACACCCGUGAAACACGAGGCCUCUCAAUUCACCGUCAAACAGCUUGAUGAAAACGGAACGGCACAUGGAAAAGGUUAUAGAAAGCGAGCCAUGGCUGAGGUUUGGAUUUCCAGUGGAACAGGAGAGAUUGUUGUUAACGAUACUCCUCUCAUCGAAUACUUUUGUAAACAAGAAGAUAGAAAUCAAGUGUCGCAUCCUUUGAUCACCCUUGACUGCAUGGGAAAGUACGACAUUGAAUGCAAUGUCAUCGGUGGAGGAUCCACAGGUCAAUCUGGAGCGAUAAGACUCGCGAUCAGUCGAGCUCUUACGAGCAUCUCCUCCGACUUUCUACCUCGGUUGCAUUCGGCUGGAUUACUGACGAGAGACAGUCGCUUGGUUGAGCGCAAGAAACCGGGGCAGAAAAAAGCUAGAAAAAAGUUUGCAUGGGUGAAGCGGUGAUCCUGUAUGGAAGUAAAGCUCGAGGAAUGAGACUAAACUCGUAUGCAUCUGGGCGGCGAGAAUGGAUGGAAAAAUUAAUCUGGAAAUAUAAUGUACAUUAAAACUUCUACAAACAUGCUGCAACUGUUUUUUAAGAAUUUAUAUCACUGCAACCGUUUGAAAAUAAUAUCGCUUGAAAUAAAGUCAAAAUAUCUCGUAAAAAUGCGU